CGUCAUUGUACUGCAUAACGAUCAGCCUUUUCUGCGUCACAUUUUUCUUCUGCUGCGGCGUAAUCGUCAUCACCAUGGUGACAACAGGUGGAAGUGGGCACAACGAUGUGGUCGAUGAAGCCCCGGACCAAGGAAGCGGUGGCGGUGGCGGUCAAGGACCGGGACCUGUCGUGUUUAAUAACCCCCCCGCUAUGUCCAGCGGAACAGAUACGACCAUGAGUGGCCAGCCUACCAGUGCGAGCCAUCCUGCCGGUGCGGGCCAGGCAGGCGCUGCGGGCCAGGCAGGCGGUGCGGGCCAUCCUGCUGGUGCGGGCCAUCCUGCAGACCCGCCUACCACUCAAAGAACGAUUCCGACUAGGAGAAUGACUGAUGCAUCUCCAAGGUCACAAGCGACUCCUAGGAGAACAACUACCGCACCACCUGCGAUUACAAGCGCGGCCAAAUACGAAACGGCAACACCCAUGGAAGCAUAUAGCUACGUCUGCACCAUCAGCGAAGCGUGGCGAGGGAACACGACGUACCUACCUCCAGACAGCGUGUGCGACUACCUGUUCUACGACUCUCUCUACAAGGACAACAAGAACGCCGUCAUCGAUGGCGUCCACCUGUGGGACGCGGGAGCCCAGCAGUUCGUCCUGCAGGCGUCCGUGUACAAAAACACAAAGUUGGGCUUUUCGUUCGCGCCCGAGUGAGUGUCUGCGAGCCCUUCUGCAAUGUUUUAAAUUAGUCUUUUAACCGAAAUGUGGUGAACUGAAAAUUAUGGUCUAUUUUUUUUUUUAU